CAGGAACCCGCGGCUGAUGACGAGAUGUACGCCGGCACUUUUCCCCCACACAAACCUCCCUAUAUGUAAGUAACAGAAUAAACAGGGAUCUUGCUGUCAGUGUUUUGCGCACCCUUCUUCUUCCCCAACAUCCCCUGUUGUACUCCCCUUCAGCGGCUCAGCAUUCUUCAUUCGAGACCCAGUGUGGCGCGACUCUUGGUCUUUCUCCACGACUUGUGUCUAGGACGCCUUGUACCAUCAUGGUCUCGACGCGCAACCACCCGCGCCAAUUCCCGCCUCCCGAACUCGCGACGCCCUCCAAAUCCUCUCCGACUAAAAGUCCCUCGAAGUCUUCUUCGCCGUCGGACAACGUCGUCGUACGUCGCAGUGCUUCCAAAACUACAGGAUGGUCGCACACUCCCUCGACUCUUACGUUGGUCUGGCUGGCUAUCUCUCUGCCACUUGUCUCAUGGGACACAGGAUAUCUACUCAUGCGCCCACACACGAUGCCGGGCGGAAAAUUUCAUUGGCCGGUUUGGGCGCCGUAUAAGCUGUACGGCACCGUCGACCGUCUAUAUGGCUUCCCGGGCUGGCAAUCCAACAACGGCUUUGUGGGCGCACAGGCAUUCAUGAACCUGCUUGAGACUGCCGCAUACCUUGUGUACUUGUAUAUUGUCUAUACUGCUGGUGUGUCGUCUCAUGUCCAAGGGACUGGAGCGCCAGAUAAGAGCAUCGUUGGAAGAUUGGCUGAGGCGCGUGUUUUGACCGGGCGCGCUGCGGCUAUUGCUGUCACGAUUGGCUUUGGAGCAUCCGUUGCAACAGUCGCGAAGACUCUCUUGUAUGUUCUGAACGACGCGUUCAGCGGGUUCUCUUGGACAGGCCACAACGAUUUGUUCACGCUGCUUACCAUAUACAUCAUUCCCAACGGUCAAUGGCUCAUCUUUCCCGUAUACAUGACCUACGUGUUCGCGUCAGAGCUACUUGAUGGGCUUGAGGCUGCCUCGACUGGUGCUCUCAAGAAGGCUCAAUAGAUAUACUCCCAAUUUCGUUGACAUAUGGAUGUAUAUGUAAAGCUGGCGGGUCACUGACGAGGCACGUGGCUAUCAUUGAGAUGAAUGCAUGCGUAUUGUACGAUGUACCAGGGAAACAAGCUGAUAUGUACAUGAUCUGGAAAAUAUAUACCCCUUCUCUGGCCUGAACUGGCUUUAACGUUUGCGGUAAGCAGAGACGAGUUGGA